AUGGGCAACUUCAUGAAACCUGGAAAAGUGGUGCUGGUCCUGGCUGGAUCCAACUCCAAAUGCAAAGCCAUCAUCAUGAAGACUAUUGAUGACGGUACCUUGGACUGCUCUUAUAGCCAGGUCCUGCUGGCUGGAAUUGACCGCCAUUCCCAAAGAAUGACAGCUGCUCUGGGCGGGAAGAAAAUCGCCAAGAAAUCAAAGAUCAAGUCCUUUGUGAAAGUUUGUAACUACAAUCACUUUAUGCCCACAGGGUACUCUGUGGACAUCCCCUUGGACAAAACUGUGGUCAACAAGGAUGUCUUUAGAGACCCAGCUCUGAAAUGCAAGGUCGGGCAGGAAGUCAAGAUAAGGACUGAGGAAUGA